AUGAACUUUGUGGACUGUUGUGAGAAGAACCACCUGUGUCUCAACAGCAGUAAGACCAAGGAUAUGGUGAUCGACUUCAGGAGAAGACCCUCACCUCAUUUCCCCAUGAAUAUCCAGGGGCAGGACAUAGAAAUGCAAGCAGAGGAGAACAGACAGAAGGAGUCGCAGGCUGCGAUCAAAAUUCAGAGCUGGUUCCGAGCCUGCAGGGUGCGGGCGUACCUCAGGCAUCUGCAAAAGAAUGCAAUUAUUAUACAGAAGACAUGGCGGGGCUUUGCAGCAAGGGCACGUGUCAGACAAAUGGUGAAGGAGGCAUAUUUUACCAUGAAGAUGAAUUACUACAACGAGAUGGAAGUCAGGAUUUCGAAAACGUGGAGAGGAUUCUAUGUAAGGAAGCAUAUCCUCGACUUUUAUGCCCGGAAACGCUAUCUGGAGCAAAUUCUUAUAAAGAAUGAGCUUAUAAGAAAAGAGCUGGAUGAGAUCGAGGAGGCCCAGAAAAAAGAGAGAGAACAUCUAAAGGCUGUUAAAGAGCAGACAACCAAACUCUACCAAGCUCAUAAAUUGCACCAUCUCAUGGGCACAAGCCAGAUUCCUGGGGUGUUUCACUCUCAGCCCGAGAUGGAACUUCUUUUGAGGCAACUUAAGUAUCAUCCCUGUACCAGCCAGCCUCACAAAGACAAAACUCCCGGGAGUGUUUGUGAAUCAGUGAGACUUAGUUUCUCUGGUUCGCUACAAAACAAAGGAACAACUCCACCAGAACCUGGGACCAGUCUACCUGUAAUUGCCAAAAAGACACACAAGGCAAAGAACAAAAGUGCAUGUAUGUCAAGAAAAUAGGAGCGUCAUUAGCAAAAGCUGUUAAAGAAUCAGUAUCUACAUGUGCAAAAAUGUCAAUUUGUUGCUCCAAGUUUUUAAAAUAAAGCUCCUCCAAUGUUCUCAUGUUACAUGAUGUUUAACACAAAAGCUGAACUAAGGCCAAUAUUUGUUUAAUUUUAUUAACAGCACUUGGAACAUUAGUAAGGACACAAUUCCAGAAACAUUUUGAAGAUUUUGUGUUACGAUUAGUUUUGCCAUUAAAGGAUCAUAACA